AUGACCGAUACAAUAGCCAAUUUGGAUGCGGAAUCUUUCGUGGCAGCUGCGAAAGCUCGACUAAAAAAAGCCGCUGAAGCAGAUCCUUUUGAUCCUUUGCUUUCGAAGCAGGCAGAUGAAGACUUUUUGAAAAGUUAUAGGUCCUUGCUUUCAGAUACGAGAAGAGAUAUCCAAAGAGAAAUAAACGAUUCCGAGGAGAUGUCAGAAAUUUUUGAAGAAUCUAUAAAGACGCCAGAGGGAUUGAAGCGUAAAGCAAUAUUUUGGGGGAAGCCAGCAACGGACGCAAACAAUUCUUGGCCCGCUGAGCUCCCAUCUACACUUAAGGGUGUAGCUUCGAAGUUUAAUUUUCCUCCAGCAACUCACCGGGUAAAAGAUCUUUCAUAUCGUGACGACGACGAGGUAGUGACAAUGCAUGGGUUUCUCGCUCCCUGCAGGAUAAUCAACAAGAAGCUCACAUUUGCAAACUUUUUCGACUUUCAUUCUGGUCCUAAAUCCCAAAUCCAAAUCGUUUCCAAUCUAUUUGAAGAUCCUACAGAAGACCAAAUCAAGGCGCAAGAGACCUUAUUAUCAAUAGCUCCUUUCACACCAGUUUCCGUAACUGGUAAGGUUUUCAGGAGAGAGUCUACCAGGAGAAAUAAGGAGGAAUUUGAGUCUAAAGCAACUUCCCCUAAGAUUCUUGUCAAGCGUGAAUUCUCCUCACGGCACCCCUCAGAACGCACCCCAGGGAAAACCCCGACAUUCAUAGAAAUUCACCUUCAAUCCAUCCAAAAGCUCAAUUCGGUUACAAAGGAUUUGGUGUAUACCCCUGAUACUGUUUUCCCACCAGAACAACGGCAUCUCCAGCUACGAACAAAGUAUUCUCUAUAUUCGGCACUUCGUCUCCGAGCCAAAGUUGCCUCAAUAUGCAGGAACCACCUUGAAAGAAACGAUUUCCUAGAAGUUGAAACACCUCUUCUAUUUAAAUCCACUCCCGAGGGUGCUCGUGAAUUUCUUGUUCCAACUCGAAGCAAAGAGAACGGAGGAGGGAUGUGUUAUGCCCUGCCACAAUCACCCCAACAAUACAAGCAAAUCUUAAUGGCAAGUGGCGUGGCUCGCUAUUUUCAGCUAGCCAAGUGCUUCAGGGACGAAGAUUUGCGGGCAGAUAGGCAGCCAGAAUUUACUCAGUUGGAUUUGGAAAUGUCGUUUGCAACUGGGGAAGAUGUUAUGAGCGUCAUCGAGGAGCUUCUCAACAAGAUUUGGUUUGAAACGUUAGGUAUCGAUCUAGGUGGAGGGUUUCAGAGAAUGACCUGGUGGUAUGCAAUGAAGUUCUACGGGAGUGAUAAACCUGAUCUGAGGUUUCCCAAGACGAAGAUUAACGAGAUUACCAGUAUUCUUCCACACCUGGUUAAAAACAAGGAUGAACACAUUGAAGUCAUUUGCCUCCAUACUGAUCGGCAUAUUGACAUUGAGAAAAUUGAAAAACUCCGUUCGUCGUUCGAAGAGACUCAUAAAGGAAAGGGAGAUGAUCAUUUCUUAUCAUAUGUGUUCGGUCAUCCUUCGACACAUCUUCACCCAGAUUUAGUAGCAGCCAAAAUCGACGAAGAAAAGAUGGUGGAAAUCAACAGAGAGAUUUGGGCAACUCCUGGUUGUAUCAUAUUGAUCAAGCUUAGAAAGGGCGAUUUGUCGGGUGGGAGCACUAAAUUGGGUCUCCUUCGGGCCGCCUUGCUUACUGCAGCUCAACGCGAGAACCUUAUAAAAACCCCUGAACGCCCCGAAUUCGUUUGGAUAAUAGAUUUCCCACUUUUUUCUCCCAGUUCAGAUUCGGAACCCGGCCAAAGUGGUACUGCUGGACUUUCGUCGACCCACCACCCCUUUACAGCGCCAAAUCCAAAGGAUUUGGCGAUGCUUGCUUCCGCGCCAGCGAAAGUCAGAGGAGAACAUUACGACAUCGUGGUAAAUGGCGUUGAACUUGGAGGUGGCAGCCGCAGAAUUCACGAUGCGGAACUCCAGAAAUAUGUGCUGGAGAGUGUGCUUAAAGUUGACCCAUCACGUAUUCAUCAGUUUGACCAUCUAUUGAAGGUCUUAGACAGUGGCUGUCCCCCACAUGCAGGAAUUGCAUUGGGAUUUGAUAGGCUCGUAGCCAUCCUUCAAGGAACAGACUUCGUUAGGGAUGUCAUUGCUUUCCCGAAGAGCGCUAAAGGCGCCGACCUUCUUGUGGGUAGUCCGAGCUUGGUCAGCGACAAAGAUCUGGAGACGUACCACCUGAAGAAAAGAACGAACGGACAGAUAGGAUAG